AUGGAAUCCGGGGAACUCGCUAGGAUUAUUCAAGAAGAAAUUACGGCAGGCCUACUUCAGGGCAACAAAGGGACGACAAGAUUCACUCCCAACACUCUCUUUACUCCAGAGAUAUUAAUAUUCCCCUUGCCAGACAGAUUUAAGUAUCCUAGGAUCAAAGAAUAUGAUGGGACCACCGAUCCAAUCAAUCAUCCGAACGUAUACACGGACGUCAUGAAUCUACAGAUUGCACCAGAUCAGUUCUCUGCUUUCUUCGCAAGCAGUAAACGCAUCAGGAAGACAGCGGCUUUCCUCAUGCAACUUAGACAAGGGCAAAAUGAGACCCUACGUGACUUCAUGACCAGGUUCAACAAGGAAAGACUUCAGAUUCCCGACCUACACAUAACAGCAGCAGUUUCUGCCCUCACAUAUGCCAUAAAGUGCGAGGCUUUCAAGAUGUCUUUAUCCAAAACUCUGUCAAAGACAGUCACCGAGCUUCUUACCCGAGCCGAGAAGUACAUAAAUAUGGAGGAAACACUAAACCCGAGAAAGGUUGGACCACCCCAUGACAGGGUCGAGCAUAAAAGACAGCACGACCCGAAUCCCCGUGAAGAACAUCGAAAAAAACAGAGACAGGAGGUUCCCCCGACGCCAUUCACGAGUUUAAAUACGUCAAAGACCAAUAUAUUGAUGGAGAUCAAGGAUAUGAAGGAACUCAAAUGGCCUGUCAGAAUGAGGUCACCACCCGAAUCCAGGGACAUGAAUAAGUACUGUGAGUUCCAUCGAGAUCAUGGGCAUACCACGGAGAACUGUAAGGCCCUGCAACGGGAGAUGAAGCCCUUAUUAAAAGAGGACUCCUGA